GAUGUGUAUAGUUUUGGGGUUGUUGCAUUGGAAAUUGUUGCUGGAAUGAACAACAUGAAAUAUCGUCCUGAUGGGAAUUAUGUUUGUCUACUUGACUGGGCUCUUGUUUUGCAACGUAAAGGAAGUUUGAUGGAGCUAAUAGAUCCAAGGUUGGGUUCUAACUUCAACAAGGAAGAGGCAAUGAGAAUGAUUAAAACAGCUCUAUUGUGCACUAAUCCGUCACCGGCACUUAGGCCUAACAUGUCUGCCGUAGUGAGCAUGCUUGAAGGUCAUGUUACUGUUCAGGAACUAAACAUGGAUCCAAGUAUUUAUGACGAUGAAUUGAAGUUCCAAGCCCUCAGAGACAAGUAUGAAGAGUUGGAACUCCGAAACUCCAGUGAAACUGAGAUCCUUAACCCUUCAUCACACAAAAUACACGGUGGUUCUUCCUCCACCACCACCCAAGAUCUCUACCCAAUUAGUCUUGGUUCUUCAUAUUGAGGAGGGAGAAUUAUGCUUUGAUGGUCCAUAAAUAGAUUGCUUGUUGAGCUAUUUUUUAAGUUUUUGUCCUAAGGAAGCCGAAAUAUGCAUUUUUUCUUUUUCCAUUAAGAAUCAUGACCAUGGUGCAAUUGAAAUCAAGAGCACAGUGACAGUUGGAUGAUCAAGAAUUUAUUAGUGUAAUGGCUAAAAAGGAUUACAUGAAAUGAUAAAUGACAGUUAUUCUUGUCUUGCUUCAGAAACUAUGCUUAAUUUGUA